AUGUCAUCUCUGUUGAAGGAGGAUCUCAACAAGAAGCUAUUCAGAACUCUAGGGCAAAAAUUGUACGGGUUCAUUGAAAUUGAGUGUUCGGGCCAAGAUCGGUACUACCUUUGUGAAAAUGUGUCAAAAAGGGAAGAAGUGCAAAUAUCUGUGGUAAAACACUACAGAAUUGGCCUUGAUGAGAACUAUGAAAUAUCUCAAAAAUGGCUUCUGGAUGAUUUGGAGAUGAUAGAUGGAAGAGAGGCAGAUUCUGAUAAUCCAUGGUUUGAUAUGCAUUUCAAGCAAGUUUACACUUGGGAAGCUUAUAGCUGCGCAUCUAAAUAUGCCUUUGCAAGAAUAUUAAACAAGUUGAACGAGAUGUAUCUGCAAAAGGAUCUGAAGAUUGUGAACUUUGAUUUUACCUACAUUAACGACACAGCCCUCUGGUCAUCCAAUAAUGGGGAUUGCUUAGUACUGAUGAGCAUCUGCUUUUAUGCAUUCAAUCUUGUGUGCCUUUCUCUGUGUCCCAUGCCAGGUUGA